UGUUGAAAAGAUCAGAUCGGAAAUCUCUUUGAUGACGGCACUGACCAAACAGCAGUCAUUUUUGGCUUUUUCAUACAGUCAGUUUGCUGGUCUUGAGCGGCGUAUUAGCUCAUGUAAAUGUCCCAGCUUUUACUCAGGUUCGUUUUCUUCAUCUGCACUCAUGAACAUGACACAGCUGAAGCGCUCCAGCAUCUUGAGGAUGGCUUUGAGCGGUUCUGAAAUGAUGGACCGGGACGAAUCCAGAGAGGCUUUCGUAUUUCGAGCAGUGAGAAUAGCAGCUGUAGUUGCGCUAUACUGGUUUAUCUCGAUAACGAUGGUGUUCCUCAAUAAUCACCUGCUGGACAACAAAGACUUGGACGCGCCGUUGUUCGUCACUUUUUAUCAGUGUGUGGUCACUGUGGCACUUUGCUGGCUCAUGCAGCUGCUAUCAAAAAUGUGCCCCCGACUCAUCGACUUCCCCUCGGUCAGGUUUGACGUGAAGCUGUCCCGGGAGGUCCUACCGCUGUCCAUCGUGUUCAUCGGCAUGAUCACCUUCAACAACUUGUGCCUGAAACAUCUCGGGGUGGCUUUCUACACGAUCGGCCGCUCUCUGAGCACAGUUUUCAAUGUGCUGUUAUCGUACAUUAUCCUGAAACAAACCACGUCUUUCGGGGCUCUGGCGUGCUGUGGGAUCAUAUUAGGUGGUUUCUGGCUUGGUGUGGACCAGGAAGGCAUCACAGGGUCCCUCUCCUGGACAGGCAUAUUUUUUGGGGUGCUGGCUAGCGCCUGCGUCUCUCUCAAUGCCAUCUAUACUAAGAAGGUAAUGCCUGCCCUUGAUGGAAACAUCUGGAAACUGUCCUACUAUAACAACAUUAACGCCUGCGUCCUCUUCCUCCCUCUCAUCCUUGUGUUCGGAGAGUUGAGCCAGCUCAUCAAGUUCAGCCGUCUCACUGACAUCAGCUUUUGGGGAAUGAUGACUCUCGGAGGAGUGUUUGGUUUCGCCAUAGGCUAUGUUACAGGGCUCCAGAUCAAAUAUACAAGCCCGCUCACGCAUAAUGUCUCAGGGACUGCAAAGGCCUGUGCACAGACCGUCAUUGCAGUAGUGUACAACUCUUCCACUAAAACCCUGCUGUGGUGGACCAGUAACAUGAUGGUUCUUGGUGGUUCGUCUGCUUAUACUUGGGUAAAAAGUUUAGAAAUGAAGAGGAGUCCCAACACAGUCCCUCAGGACUCAGCAAAGGAAAAAUUGCUUUCAGGGGAUAAAGAAAACCAAGCAGUGUAAGUUAAUAAACUUUGGCGUUUUAUCUAUGUGGGCUGAGAAUGUUGUGACAGUACAAAGGAAGUAACUUUUAUUCCAGAGGAAAAAGGAAAGUAAGUUAAUUAUGAUAUUUGUGGAACCUGUCUUUUUGUUUUUGUUUGUUUUUAUGUGACAAAUGUCGAGAGGUUAGGAGAAUUGGUAAUUUGUUGAAGUUUAUUGAAGAUGUGAGGGACAAGGUAAUCAGAAACUUGUGUAACUGAUUGAUCUACUACAGGCCUUUUUUAUCCUUAAGGAAAGCAGUCCAUGAAUGUUUUAGUCUGUUACAGUUUUGAACUGUACACCAUUUACUACUUGCUUUUGAACUAAAUAAUACUGGAAAUUAAAAGUAAAUAUUGUCAUGAGAUAUAUUCAUUUCAUAAUCACAUUUCCAAACAAAUGUGAAGCAGAUCAGGAAAAGGACCUGUUUGAAUAUGUGAAUAUGUAUUUUCAUAUGCCACAGUUUACUAUAACUGCACCUGGUUUAUUCAAAAGAAGCUACUUGAAAAGGUUUUAUAAUUUGUGAUCUCGCUUUUUAAGGUGUCAUAAAAUCAUCGCAGCAUUUAAGUUUAACAGAAUGAAAGAUUGUAAUUUAUGGUCUCUUUGCUAAUGAAAUGAUAGUUUUCACAUGUACUCUUUUGAUUUACAGUUGACAAAUGAAAUGUAUCAUUUUUAUUAGUGGUGCAACGGAUCAUGGUUGAUCCGUAAUCCGAACCGAUCCCACUCCACGGUUUGGUACGCACGUGAUCCGAAGAUUCGAAAAAGAAGAAGAAAAAAAAGUAUGUGUAUGGUGCGCGUGGUGGGUCAAGCUAUAGUUAUGGCCAGCGCUAGCGGUCCAAGUGGAGGAGCGGAGGAGUUUGCGGUAUUUAAGCAGC